AUGGCCCCCAAGACCGACUUCCCCCCCGUCAGGGCCUGCCUGUUUGACAUGGACGGCCUGCUCCUCGACACCGAGGACCUGUACACGCUGUGCGUCAACAAAGUGCUCGCCCAGUACGACCGGCCGCCGAUGCCGUGGUCCGUCAAGGCCCGUCUGCAGGGGCGUCCCGGCCCGGCCGCCAACCAAAUCUUUAGCGACUGGGCCAAGCUGCCCAUCUCCACGGCCGAGUACUCGGCGCAGCUGUCCGUCUUCCAGAAGCAAUUCUUCGGCACCGCCAAGCCGCUGCCCGGCGUCCCCCAGCUCCUGCAGGACCUCGACGCCACCAAGGGCGCCGGCGCGCCGUCAGGAAACCCCGGCGCGCCGCCGCAUGCCGUCCACAUGGCGCUCGCCACGAGCUCGCACCGCGCCAACUUUGACCUCAAGACGACGCACCUGCAAGACCUCUUCUCCGUGUUCCCCGAGGAGCGUCGCGUCAAGGGCGACGACACGCGCCUCGCGGCCGGCCGCGGCAAGCCCCUGCCGGACAUCUUCCUGCUGGCGCUGCAGACGGUCAACGACUCGCUGCCCGCGGGGGAGCCGCCCAUCACGCCGCAGGAGUGCCUCGUGUUUGAGGACUCGGUGCCGGGCGUCGAGGCCGGGCGUCGCGCCGGCAUGCGCGUGGUGUGGUGCCCGCACCCGAUGCUCAAGAAGGAGGUUGAGGGACGCGAGGCCCAGAUCCUGGCCGGGCGCACGGGCGAGGCGGGUGACGUGGACCUGCACCAGGUGGGCGAGAUCGACGACGGCUGGGCCGAGUAUCUCGAGACGCUGGAGAAUUUCCCCUAUGAGCACUACGGCAUUGUCAUCCCCAAGGCUUAG